CCGCCAGGCCCGACCGUGCGCGGAGCUCGAGCGCGGUCGGAGCGCGCGGUGGCCGCGGCGGGGACGGAGCGCCGGGCCGGACGCGGCGCGCGCGGCUCUGGCCGUGCACCUGCUGAACUCGGGCCGCGAUGUCCGCGCUGAGGAAGGCUCCCUCUCCGCCUGUGGCCUGACCCUGAGCCUGCGUCUGCCAGCAGCUCCGCCAACGCCCAGCCCAGCAGCGCAGCACCAUGGGGACGGCUCAGGUACUGUGUGACCUCGCUUUCCUCCCCUCACGCAUGCUCUCGUGCGUCUUCGCGGGGGAGAGGAGCCGGGGAGCAGGUAGUGGUCACGCCAGGUUUUGCCUGGGAUCCUUCAGAAGCAUUGCUGUAUCUUACCAGACAGAAAUACAGGGGACAGUAGUGGAGCUCUUUCUUUGCACUCCACCAAGGACAUGCGUAGACGGUGGGGCCUGGCCCAUGGAACUGACGCUGACUAGGAUCAAAGGGAGCUUGCUCGGCCUGACUCUGUUCAAAGAGGAAGAGGCCGGGGACUUGACACAGACGGGCAUCAGCUUCCCGGGGCCAACCGAGGAGGACCUAGACCAGAGCUACUCAUGGUCGCCGUCACCCCACUUCAAUGAGGAGCGCUGUUCUCCCGCACCCAGGAACAUGAAGGGCCUGGCCCCCGGCCGGAGCCCGCCCCAGCUGUGCUCCAGCCACACGUGUGGCCUGGCGCCGCCGGAGGACUGUGAGCUGGCCCACGACCACCUGCACCAUGUGCCGGAGCCCCGCACGCCCUACCUGCUGAGCCCGAGCGACAGCUGCCCGCUGGAGCACCGCUGCUCGCCACGCAGCUCCGUGCACUCCGAGUGCAUGCUGAUGCCCAUGGCGCUGGGCGCCCACGUGUCCAGCAGCACCUUCCCCCGGAUGCACUACAGCUCCCACUACGACGCGCGGGACGACUGCGUCGGGUCGCACGGCAGCACCACCAAGAUGAACCGCCUCCCGGCCAACCUGCUGGACCAGUUCGAGAAGCAGCUGCCGCUGCACCGGGACGGCUUCCAUACGCUGCAGUACCAGCGUGCGCCCGCCGGCCCCGAGCAGCGCAGCGAGAGCCCCGGCCGCAUCCGCCACCUGGUGCACUCCGUGCAGAAGCUCUUCACCAAGUCCCACUCGCUCGAGGGCUCGUCCAAGGGCCACGCCAACGGCACCAAGGGCGGCGGCCGGGUGGACGAGCCGCCACCCGGCCACCACAAGCACAGCAAGCGCAGCAAGAGCCGCGAGCGGAGGCCGGAGAGCAGGAGCAGGACGGGCCUGAGCAGCUGGUGGAGCUCGGACGACAACCUGGACAGCGACGGCACCUACCGGCCCCCCAGCGCGGCCCCCCGCCACCACUCCGACCGCCUCUCCCGCUGCUACCCCGAAGCGCUCCCCAGCCCCUUCGGGGAGCUCUCGCUGAGGACCUCCAAGAGCAACAACGACGUCAAGUGCUCGGCCUGCGAGGGCCUGGCCCUGACGCCGGACGCCAAGUACCUGACACGCAGCUCCUGGUCCACGCUGACCGUCAGCCAGGCCAAGGAGGCCUACCACAAGAGCUCCUUGAACCUGGACAAGCCGUUGAGCCACGUGGACCUCAAGCCAGCCCUGAGGCCAUGCCACUACCUCCAGGUGCCGCAGGACGAGUGGGGGGGCUACCCCCCGGGGGGCAAGGAGGAGAUCCCGUGCCGGCGGAUGCGGAGCGGCAGCUACAUCAAGGCCAUGGGCGACGAGGAGAGCGCCGAGUCCGACUCCAGCCCCAAGACAUCGCCCACGGCGGCCGUGCGGCCCGACGCCCUGCUCACGGCCGUGCCGAGACCGCUCACUGACCUGCAGACCCAGAGGUGCCUGCAGACUGCCAGUGACAUACCCGCUGCCCACAUCCUCGAACCCUCUGCCAACUACAACUCCCCGAAGUUCCGUUCCCGGAACCAGAGCUACAUGCGGGCGGUCAGCACACUGAGCCAGGCCAGUUGCGUGAGCCAGAUGAGCGAGGCAGAGGUGAAUGGGCACUUGGAGUCGGUGUGUGAAUCCGUCUUCAGCGAGGUGGAGUCACAGGCCAUGGACGCCUUGGACCUGCCCGGAUGCUUCCGCACCAGGAGUCACAGCUACCUGCGAGCCAUCCAGGCCGGCUACUCCCAGGACGAUGAGUGUGUCCCCGUGAUGACACCCGCCAGCCUCUCCUCAGCCAUCAGACCCACCACAGCCGUCUCCUACACCAACUACAAGAAGACGCCGCCCCCUGUGCCCCCCCGGACCACCUCCAAGCCCCUGAUCUCGGUGACGGCCCAGAGCAGCACCGAGUCCACCCAGGAUGCCUACCAGGACAGCCGGGCCCAGCGCAUGGCCGCGUGGCCUCCUGACACCCGCGGCCUCUACAACUCCACCGACAGCCUGGACAGCACCAAGGCCCUGAGCCUGGCUUUGGAGACGGCCGCGGCCCAGCGCCUCGCCUCCGAAGGCCAGGGUGGCCCGGCCCGCAGUGGGGACAAGACCGUGCUGAUGUCCAAGGCGAAUGGCUUCCGGAAGAGCCGCAGUUCCUCCGUGGGCAUCCAGGACUCAGAGUUCCCAGACCACCAGUCCUACCCAAGGUCUGAUGUGGAGACGGCGACUGACUCGGACACGGAGAGCCGGGGGCUGCGGGAGUACCACUCGGUCGGCGUGCAGGUGGAGGACGAGAAGCGGCACGGGCGGUUCAAGCGCUCCAACAGCGUCACGGCCGCCGUGCAGGCCGACUUGGAGCUGGAGGGCUUCCCGGGACACGUGGCCACCGAGGACAAGGGCCUGCAGUUCGGGUCGUCCUUCCAGCGGCACUCGGAGCCCAGCACGCCCACCCAGUACGGGGCGGUGCGCACGGUGCGGACUCAGGGGCUGUUCAGCUACCGGGACGACUACCGCGCGCCCGCGGACACCGUCAGCCUGCCGCCGCCUGACCCCUGGCUGGAGCCGGCGCUGGAGCCCGUGGACGCGGGCAGGAUGUCCCCGUGCCGCCGGGAUGGCUCCUGGUUUCUGAAGCUGCUGCACAAGGAGACCAAACGGAUGGAAGGGUGGUGCAAAGAGAUCGAGAGGGAUGCGGAGGAGAACGACCUCCUGGAGGAGACCCUCGGCAAGAUCCGGAGUGCAGUGGGGAGUGCCCAGCUCCUCAUGUCCCAGAAGUUCCAGCAGUUUUACUGGCUUUGCCAGCAGAACAUGGACCCCAGCGCCAUGCCCAGACCCACGUCGCAGGACCUGGCGGGCUACUGGGACAUGCUGCAGCUGUCCGUGGAGGACGUCAGCAUGAAGUUCGAUGAGCUGCACCAGUUGAAGCUCAACAGCUGGAAGAGCAUCGAGUCCCCUGAGAGAAAGGAAGAAAGAAAGGUCCCUCCGCCAAUACCAAAGAAGCCCCCCAAAGGCAAGUCUCCCAUCACCAGAGAGAAGUCCCUGGACCUGCCGGACAGACAGCGCCAGGAGGCGCGGCGGCGGCUGAUGGCGGCCAAGCGGGCGGCCUCCUUCCGCCAGAACUCGGCCACGGAGCGGGCAGACAGCAUCGAGAUCUACAUCCCCGAGGCGCAGACGCGCCUCUGAGGCCGGGCCCCCGUUCCUGCCUGCUCCUGGCGCCGUAGACACCGGCCAGGCUGUCCCCACUGCACCGGCGUGGACGUCUGCCCCGGGGGGCGCUGUCCACACCGGCACGGGCAGAGCGGCGUGGGGACGCCGACUCAGGCUCUGCCCGAGGCGACCCAGGUCACCCUUGUUAUCUCUAUUUUUAUCGAGUGUGUGGAAUUAGAGGUAAGAAUAACAGAUCGGGCCACUCGGGGCCGUCUCCUGCAGGCCCCCUCCGGAGUCAUCACUCCCCCCGUGGAAGGUGCCUAACGUGCAGAAAGAAAAGCCCCUUGGCUGC